AUGUUUGACACAGCUACCUAUGCGCUGACCCAGGCAUUGUAUGCCAUUGCCUUUGUAUUGCUCGUGCAAUGUUUAAGGCUACUCUGGAAGCGACCGUUCCCCGCCAAUGCCCCCAAGUUAGUUUCGGGAUACCCGCUGGUGGGCGCUCUUCAGUUCUUCUUCGAUAGGAAUGGGUUCUGUCGUGUCUCCAAGGCGGCUUCUCCAACUGGAAACUAUAGUUAUUAUCUUGGUCGCCAUCGAAUGGUUGGUGUAUGCGGUCCUCAGGGACGUAAGGUCUUUUAUGAAAGUCAAGAUCUCGAUGUGGACGAAGGGGUCGCUGUGCUUCUCCCAUUCGUGAAUUUGGUCGAAGCUUCUAAAGAUCCGUCCAGCGAUACGCAUACAGCCUAUCUUCGGACCACACUGCGCGCGCGACUGUUGCGCAAACAGGGCCUGGAGUUUGUUCCCCAGACGAUAGAGCGGUAUAUCACCGCAACUCUGAAUCACUUCGAGGUCGAAGAACUGAUUGAUCCGUUCUCUGCAAUGAAUUUAUUCUACACACAGUCUACCAUGGCAGUGUUGGGAGUGCAGAAGGUGGCACACUCCCCCGAGCUGUCCAGAAAGGUGGGUGAGCUGCUAGGUUUGCUAGACGGGACAUUUUCAGCGGCUGAUAUGGUAAUUCCCUGGCUUCUGAACCCACUACAUAUCCGCGCGGUCAUUGGAAUAGGACAACUGUAUGUGAUGCUGUGGCGGAUCGUCAGUGACAAAAGGAAGGAGGAGCGGCAGCACCAGCCGGUGGCACACAAAAAACAGCCCGAGAACAUGAGCAUAGUUCAAGAUCUUAUAGUGAAGGGUCGGAGUAUGAGCGCAAUCCUGCAGGCGAACUCCCCGACAGUAACUUCGUGGUUACUGGUUAUGCUUGCAACGAAUGCACAUUGGAUGACUCGAGUCCGUCAGGAGGUGGACCAAGUAGUCUCUAAAUAUAGGAAGGAUGGCGAGUCCGCAGACGAAGUCCUCCGAGCCUUGAGUGUGUAUACGUGGGAAAAGGAGUUUCCCCUCCUCCAUGCUUGUCUUCUAGAGACAAUUCGACUAGUCCUCGGAUUGGUCACCAUUCGUAAGAACAUUAGCCCAAACGACGUUCCGAUUGGAGACACAGGCGAAGUGAUACCAUCUGGGGCCUAUGCAACCUACGACCUUCAAGAAGUGACCCAGGACCCAGAGGUAUACCCCGACCCACAGCGUUGGGACCCGGGUCGCUUCCUGUCGGAUCGUGCAGAACAUACGAAAGAAUACCUCGCGUUUAAUGGCUUUGGAGCAGGGCGCCGGAGAUGCCUUGGUAAAUUUGCAGGCACUUGGAGCAGUGACGAGGAUCAUCAAUAUGUUUGA